CUCAACAACCUCCUCUUUACAGAUGAAUAACAAUCAGCAACGCAACAACGACCCUUCUUUGGAGACAAAAUAGAAAAAAGUCUGUUCAGCAAAACGGUCAAUCACGCACUCAAACGACACACGAGAGAUAUGCCAUUCAAGAUUCCCUCACAAAACAAAUAAAAAAAAAGAAGCCUAUAAACGACAAGAGAAAUAGAAAAACUACAGGCCCAAAUUCGCACAUCGUCGUAGAUCUGCAACCUCUCUUGGCUUCAAUUUCGUUUCCUCAUCCAUCAAUUCAAUCAAUCCACUUAGAUUCGUCUCCGAGCUCCAAUCCGUCCUCGCAGAUUGUGAAUUGAAUGGAAGGAACUGGAGGCAGCAGUGCCUCGGCUGCUGCACCCGUGAACCAAUGGUGGCAGGAAUUUUCGAAGAUUUUUCAAUAUUAUCUUGAUAAGUCUACGCCACACGCUACGUAUAGAUGGAUUGGGAGUUUGGUUUUUGUGUCGAUAUACGUUUUACGGGUUUAUUAUGUCCAAGGAUUUUAUGUUGUAUCUUAUGGACUGGGAAUCUACUUGCUAAAUCUGUUGAUUGGGUUUCUGUCGCCGUUGGUUGAUCCUGAGAUGGAGCCGUCUAACGGGCCUUUGCUACCGACUAAAGGUUCUGAUGAGUUCAAACCGUUCAUUCGUCGACUGCCUGAGUUUAAGUUCUGGUAUUCUUUCACAAAGGCUUUCUGCAUAGCGUUUGUGAUGACUUUCUUUUCUGUAUUUGAUGUUCCCGUUUUUUGGCCAAUAUUACUCUGUUACUGGGUUGUUCUAUUUGUUCUUACAAUGAGGCGCCAAAUUGCACACAUGAUCAAAUACAAAUAUAUUCCGUUCAACAUUGGAAAGCAGAAGUAUAGUGGCAAAAAGUCUUAUGCAAGCAGCAGCGGCACCCGUGCCGACUGAAUGAUUUGAAGAAAAUACAGAUCUUAAAGUUAGGUUUGUGGACAUCCUGGAUAGUUGAUUUUUCCCUUUUCAUUUGAAGGAAUUUGUAAUCAUAGUAUGAUAAUAGAUGCCAAUAUGUAGUUACAAAAUUAUUAUUUGUGUCCACUCGUGUUAUGAUACCAGAAGAAAUGCUAAUGCUGACAUUUAACGUCAUUGGGGAUAUACAUCAGUAUUUGAUUUAGUUUUAGAUUUUAAUCUUGUAUUGUGAUGUUGCAACUUUUCCUUAUAAUACCAUGAUUUGAUGACAAAUUUCA